AUUCUGGACCUACUGUUGCUGUUAUAUGUGAAUAUGAUGCAUUACCCAAAAUAGGCCAUGCAUGUGGGCAUAAUUUGAUUGCUGAAGCUGGCUUUGGUGCAGGUCUUGCAAUUAAAGCUGCAAUGGAAGCCAAUCCUGAUAUUCCAGGAAAGGUUGUAGUGCUUGGUACACCAGCAGAGGAAGGUGGUGGUGGCAAAAAAACUCUCAUUGAAAAAGGUGCAUUUAAAGAUAUCGAUAUAGCAUUAAUGGUUCAUCCCAGCCCAGAUAAUCAUCUUUACCCACCAUUCAUUGGCAUUCAGAGGGUCAUUAUAAAAUAUACUGGUAAAGAAGCUCAUGCUUCUGGUUAUCCAUGGGAAGGAUUGAAUGCUCUUGAUGCUGCUGUUGCCUGUUAUAAUAAUGUUGCACUUCUUCGACAGCAUAUCAAACCCACUUGCAAAAUACAUGGUGUCAUUACAAAAGGUGGAGAAGCUCCCAACAUCAUUCCUGGUCACACUGAAGUACAAUUUUAUUAUAGGGCCCAUUCAAGUAAAGAAAUGGAAAAUCUGAAAAAAAGACUCGAAGCUUGUUUUAAAAGUGCAGCACUAGCCACUGGGUGUGAAAUUUCUAUUACUUAUGAUGAUUCUAAUGCGUAUGAGAGUCUCAUAACAAAUAGAGUUCUUGCUGAGUUAUAUAAAAAAUAUGCUACAGCUUUAGGUAAGUGA